CAGGAACUGGCCUCUAAAGUACGCGGGCGUCAACUUACGAUGGAGGAUUCAGCCCUGGGUAACGCACGGCAACACCUAGAACUCGUUAGUCCUGGAAUCGGGCUAAAUGUAGGCACCGGCGAUACGAUUACGAGUAGUUCCGGCAGUCUUAUAUCUUCAGAUUCUCUUCUCUGCGGCACUGGCCCGACCAGUGGUAGUCUACUGGCAAGUGCAAAUAUGGGUAAUCUUCAUAUUCCUUGGCAGCACCAGGUCUCAGUUCGUCCUAAUUCAGCGGCUACAAUGCUAGCUUCGAGUAUUUCGGCAAUACCAGAUAACUCCUGUCAAGUUCCUUCUAAUGCCGCUCGCCACAAAUUAGCCGUUGCUAAGUCACGGCGACACCGACCGCCAACUUAUGCAGUCGCAGCCAAUGCACGAAUAGGAGUCAUUUUUCAGUCUUCUAGAGCAUCAUGCGUAUCUGAGCCAAAAAAACUGACGAUUGAUAACGCUGAUGACCAUGGAAAAGACGUCUCACUAGGGGCUGACAUAAAAGAGACAGGAGAUUGUAUGGAUGAAAUCUCUCUGGCUCACCGCCAUCAUUCUCGUAUGGAGGCUUUUGCCAACGAAUUCUUUAUACCGCUUGCCCAACAGAAAUGCAUUUGCAUAAAUGAAACUUCUCCAGCCAUCUCCAUAGAGGAGAAUGAUGGGGAGAGGGAUAAGUCAGACAGUAGUCAGGAGUCGGGGAUGAAGUGUAAAGGCCAGAAACCACCUGAACGCCUCUUAGCAACGGAUCAGGCUAGAACCUUAUCUCAAUCGAUACAUCCAGCUCCAGAGAUCCCUCCCAAGUAA